AUGUCCAAGCUGCAGUUCAGUGUGGAAAGACCUUUUGGUAUUUAUCUGUUUGAUUAUUUUGACCUUGUCUUUAGCAAGAUCGUGGGUCAUUCUGCCAAGGACUUUCAUUUUGUUCAAGGAGUCACACCUCUUUCCACUCUGAACGAAGUGAUUAUUGGUUGUGUUACUUACUUUGUGGUUAUAUUUGGUGGUCAAUACUUACUCAAGAACGCGUCUCCUGUCAAAUGCAAGUUCUUCUUCCAACUUCAUAAUGCCUUCUUGACGAUCAUCUCCUUUGUUCUCUUGGCUCUCUUGGUCGAACAACUUGCCCCUAAAUUGAUCAACAAAGGUUUGUACUAUACUAUUUGUUCUGAAGAUGCUUGGACACAAGAAUUAGAGUUGCUGUACUAUUUGAAUUACUUGGUCAAGUGGUAUGAACUUAUCGAUACUGUAUUUUUGGUGCUCAAAAAGAAGAAGCUCGAAUUCUUGCACUAUUUCCAUCACAGCAUGACGAUGGCUUUAUGUUAUACUCAAUUGGUUGGCAGAACUACUGUGUCCUGGGUUCCUAUCACUCUCAACUUGGCAGUGCACGUGCUUAUGUAUUAUUACUACUUCCGUACUGCCUCUGGAGCUAGAAUUUGGUGGAAGCAAUAUCUUACAACCAUGCAGAUUAUUCAAUUCGUUAUUGAUCUCGUUGUCAUCUACAGUUGCACCUAUUCUUACUUUGCCUUCACAUACGCCAAAUCCUUGCCCAAUUUCGGUGACUGUGCUGGAACUGAAAGCGCUGCUGCUUUUGGUUGUGCUAUCUUGACUUCCUAUCUCUUCUUAUUCAUCAACUUUUAUAGAAUCACUUAUAAUAAGAAGAAGGCAAUUGCAGCUAGUAAGAAGGAUCAAAUGAAGACCAAGAGUAAAAAAAUCUAA